UGAUCGGACUGCAGAUUUCCAAAAACACUCGCUUCAGUCAGAAAACGGAAUUUUUAAUCAUCGAUCAUGUCUCUGAACAACUUCUACUUUAAGGACUCUUCCCUUUUGUCACUCUGGACUUUUCUCAUGUGCUCGGCUUUGUCCGUCUGGACUCCCGUACAAGGUGAGGUUCUGGUGAUUGGUUCAAAUCUUCCAAUCAUCGCCGCUCCGGGUGAUGAUGUCAUCCUGCCGUGUCACCUGGCGCCCACGUUCGAUGUCCAGGGUCUGACGGUGGAGUGGUCCAAACCCGACCUGAAGCCCGACCCGUCGGACCGGCUGAGCCGAGUGGAGUACGUUCACCUGUACAGGGACAGGAAGGAGGUCCCCGACAUGAAGAUGGCCUCGUACUUCAGGAGGACGGAGCUGUUCAUGGACGACAUGAAACACGGGAACAUUUCACUGAAGAUCCUGAACGUGUCGGAGGAAGACAACGGCAGAUACCGAUGCUUCAUCCCCAAGCUGCGGAGCAGAGGGAAAGCUGCUGUUGUUGAACUUGUAGUCGAUUCAAACUUUGCUAAAACCUCAACGACAGAGACGCCGCUGCAAACUCCAGAUCCUCAGGACACGACUCCAACAAAUGCAGGUCGAUCCAGGGUCGCUGUGGUCAUCGUUGUCGUCACCUUAAUAUUAGUUUUGGCUCUCGCUGGUUUUGCUGCAUAUUUCUCAAGACACAUUUUUCACCAGACACUAAAAAAGCAUCCAGAGAACGAUAAGACAGAAAAACAACCACUACCAGUCUAGCUGCCUUGCUCAAAGGAAUAAAUGGACUGGUUCUUCUAUACUGCUUUUCUACUCUGCUUCAGCAAACAACACACUUUGAACUUUGACGCCAGCUGAAGACUCGAGCCUCGUCCAGUUUAUUUAUCGAGCUCAUUUUCACACAAAGAAAAUGUCGUAAAAGAAAUGAUCCUCCCUCAUCAUCACUGUUCUGGACUGAAGUGAAUUAUUCCCAAAUAGCAGGGCUGCAAGGAUUUCACAGCAUUAAAGGAAAUUUCCAUGAACAUUUGUGACACAGCUCGGGUGGAAAGAUGGAAAUAAACCAUCAUCUGAAAACUGUGUUGGAGACACGAAGUUACAAAAACAGGUUAUAAGCUGAUUACUUUACUGCACUGUGUUAAUGACCUGCUGUGAAUGAUGUUUAAUGCAGCUGUAAUUUAAACAGAGUCACUUAUUGUGAUGCUGUAAGUGUUUAUUUAUGAAAGCUAGUUUUAUAUGACAGCACUGUGAGCACCUUAUAUUUAUUGGUUUUCAUUUUUAAAGCCACAGUUAAUUAAUUAAAUUUAAUUGAAACUUCCUGCUGGCCAGGACUCAAUGUUUAGGUUGUUUCUAGUUAUUUAUUGAAAAAAGCAGUUUGAUCCUGAUACAGAGCUCAAGCUUAACUUUCUCUUUUUGUCAUUUAAAGCUACAAACUUUGUGCAGACUGACAGAAAUCAUCCUGACUGUAGUUUCUGCUGCAGUUACGGAGCUAAAAUUAGAGGAUAUUUGUGUCCAACUCUUCUUUUUUCCUGCUCUGUCACAUGACCGUCGCUCUUUUGGUUCGCAGUUAAACUCACACUGAUGUGUCUGCAGCUUUUAGCCAGCUCAGGGUCUUUAAUUUUUUUAUUACCUCAGAUAUUUAUUUAUGAGAAUAUUUAUAUUUAAGAAUUUUGGAUGGAUGUAUUUGUUACU